UGGCGGUGUCGCGCCUGAAUGUGUCCGCUGACCGACAGGAAUCAGCAGAGGAAGAGGAAGGUUCCACUGCUGGGUGCAGUUGAGAUGAAGAUCAGAGAGAAUCAAUGGAGGAGACAAACUGGACAUAAAAACACGUUUCAAACGUACUAAACUGUCACCAGUGGAGGAGGGAGGAGCUUCCCAGCGGCCAUGAUGGAGGACACGGAGCCGGAGCUUUCCCCCGCCCCCUCUGAUCAGAGCAGCCCCUCCCCCUCCCUCUCCCUCUCCUCCUCCCCCUCCCUGUCCCUCCCCUCCACCCCCUCCUCCGCCCCCCCCCAGGGCGCCACCCCUCCGCUGGGCGUCAUCAGCGAGGGCGUGGCCGAGCUCAGCCUGGUGAUCGACGCCGAGGUGGCCCAGCGGGCGUGUCGGGAGGUGCUGCAGAAGGUGAAGCUGCAGCAGGUGGAGGGUGACGACGGCCUCCAGAACGGAGAGGGGCCGGACCCGGAACCCGCCGCCGCCGCUCCCCUGAACACCACCAUGAAACCUGUGAAGAUCCGCGAGGAGGAGGACGACCCCGAGGGCCCGGCCCCCGGCUCGGUGAAGAGCGCCCGGCGGCGACAGAGACACAACCCCUCCAAACAGUCGUGGCUGCUCCGCCUGUUCGAGUCCAAGCUGUUCGAUGUUUCCAUGGCGAUCUCCUACCUGCACAACUCAAAGGAGCCCGGCGUCCAGGCGUACAUCGGAAACCGCCUGUUCAGCUUCCCCCACGAGGACGUCGACUUCUACCUGCCGCAGCUGCUCAACAUGUACAUCCACAUGGACGAGGACGUCGGGGACGCCAUCAAGCCAUAUGUGGUUCACCGCUGCAGGCAGAGCAUCUCCUUCAGUCUGCAGUGUGCGUGGCUGUUGGGGGCGUACUCCUCUGACAUGCACAUCUCCACCCAGCGGCACUCUCGAGGCACUAAACUGAGAAAACUCAUCCUGUCAGAUGAACUCAAACCUGCGGGUCCUCGAGCUCGCAGAGACCCGCUGACUCUGACGCCUUUCUGUCCCCUGGCGGUCCCCGCCGCGGGCCCCGGGCCCCUGGGAGGAGAGCACAGCCUGUCGCCCUCCAAACGCACUCAUCAACGCUCCAAAUCAGACGCCACCGUCAGCAUCAGCCUCAGCAGCAACCUGAAGAGGACCGCCAGUAACCCGAAGGUGGAGAGCAGCCAGGACGAGCCGGUGCGUCUGGCUCCUCAGCGUGAGUUCAUCAAGUCUCUGAUGGGGAUCGGGAAGCGUCUGGCCACGCUGCCCACUAAAGAGCAGAAGACUCAGCGUCUGAUCUCCGAGCUGUCGCUGCUCAACCACAAGCUGCCGGCGAGAGUCUGGCUGCCGACCGCCGCCUUCGAUCACCACGUGGUCCGAGUGCCGCACACACAGGCCGUGGUGUUAAACUCUAAAGACAAGGCUCCGUACCUGAUCUACGUGGAGGUUCUGGAGUGCGAGAACUUUGAGACGUCCAGCGUUCCGAUGCGGAUCCCGGAGAACCGGAUCAGGAGCACGCGUUCCGUGGAGAACCUGCCGGACUGCGGCAUGACGGCGGAGCAGCGAGCCGGCAGCUUCUCCACCGUCCCGAACUACGACAACGACGACGAGGCGUGGUCCGUGGACGACAUCGGAGAGCUGCAGGUGGAGCUCCCGGAGAUCCACACCAACAGCUGUGACAACAUCAGUCAGUUCUCAGUGGACAGCAUCACCAGUCUGGAGAGCAAAGAGCCGGUGUUCAUCGCUGCAGGAGACAUCAGGCGGCGUCUGUCGGAGCAGCUGGCUCAGACUCCCACCACCUUUAAACGGGACCCUGAGGACCCGUCAGCCGUGGCCCUGAAGGAGCCCUGGGAGGAGAAGGUCCGGAGGAUCAGAGAAGGAUCUCCUUACGGUCACCUUCCUAACUGGCGGCUGCUGUCCGUCAUCGUUAAAUGUGGCGACGACCUCAGACAGGAGCUGCUGGCCUUCCAGGUGCUGCAGCAGCUCAAGUCGAUCUGGGAGCAGGAGCGCGUCCCCCUUUGGAUCAAACCCUACAAGAUCCUGGUGCUGUCGUCGGACAGCGGGAUGAUCGAGCCCGUGAUGAACGCCGUGUCGCUCCAUCAGGUGAAGAAGCACAGCCAGCUGUCUCUGCUCGACUACUUCCUGCAGGAGCACGGCGCUCCGACCACAGAGGCCUUCCUGACGGCUCAGAGGAAUUUCGUCCAGAGCUGCGCCGGAUACAGCCUCAUCUGCUACCUGCUGCAGGUCAAAGACAGGCACAACGGGAACAUCCUAUUGGACGCUGAAGGUCACAUCAUCCACAUUGACUUUGGCUUCAUCCUGUCCAGCUCGCCCAAAAACCUCGGCUUCGAAACCUCUGCCUUCAAACUCACCACAGAGUUCGUUGAAGUGAUGGGCGGUCCAGACGGCGACAUGUUUAACUACUAUAAGAUGUUGAUGCUUCAGGGUCUGAUAGCAUCCAGGAAGCACAUGGACCGAGUGCUGCAGAUAGUGGAGAUCAUGCAACAAGGCUCCCAGCUGCCCUGUUUCCAUGGAUCCAGCACCAUGCGGGGUCUGAAGGAGCGUUUCCACAUGAGUCUGACGGAGGAGCAGCUGCAGCUGCUGGUCGACCAGCUGGUGGACGGAUCCAUGCGCUCGCUCACCACCAAACUGUACGACGGUUUCCAGUACCUCACCAACGGCAUCAUGUGACCUCACCAGCGGCAUCAUGUGACCCAGCAGAAUGUGUGUGUGUGUGUGUGUGUGUGUGUGUGUGUGAGUGAGUGAGUGAGUGAGUGAGUGAGUGAGAGCAGCAGUGAACAAAUGCAGAGACUGUCUACAGACGGAGGAGCUGAUGAUUCUCAUGGUUUUAUAACUCGACUGCAGAGACGACGAGCCGCACUCUUUGUCUUUAUUUUAUUCUUUUUGUUUCUUCUUUUUCUCUUUGUUGUGUUUCGUCGUCUUUUCUCUGGAAGAAUUGAUUUUUUCCUGUUUUUGUCUCAUUUUGUUUCAUCUCUCCUUCUUCUUCUUUUCCAUAUUUGGGCAGAAGCCCCUCAUGGCUGCUCAGCCGGACUCUUAGCCAAUCAGAGAGCAGCCCAGUUUUAGUUUUAAAUGUGAACACUCAGCAGGUGGACAGUUUUUACAGGUAGGAAGCAGGAAAGAACUGAAGGAAGCGGUGGACUGAUUCUCUGUGUAGAAAACAUUAACGGACUCUUUAAAGGACCAUUCCGCUGUUUUUCAUGUUUUAGCCCUUUAACUGCAAAAUGUAAACCAGUGAUUCUGUUUUGUCUUCUGACCCAUUAAAACACCUCAGUGUCCACCUGCA